AUGCUUGCUCGCUCUCGCGCUGCGCUCCCCCGUCCCGCGCGCCUGCUCAACUCGCAGCCCGCCGCUCGCCGCUACCUUGGUUCCAAGGAUGUUAUCUUUGGCAACGACGCCCGCCAGGGCAUGCUGAAGGGUGUUGACACCCUCGCCAAGGCUGUCCAGGCCACUCUCGGCCCCAAGGGCCGCACUGUUAUCAUCGGCCAGUCGUUCGGUGGACCCAAGAUCACCAAGGACGGUGUCUCGGUCGCCAAGGCCAUCACUCUCAAGGACCCCGUUGAGAACCUCGGUGCUCGUCUUGUCCAGGACGUUGCCUCGAAGACCAACGACACUGCCGGUGACGGAACGACGACGGCGACUGUCCUCGCCCGUGCGAUCUACUCUGAGGGUGUGAAGAACGUUGCCGCCGGCUGCAACCCUAUGGACCUCCGCCGCGGUGCCCAGAAGGCCGUCGACAAGGUCCUGUCGGUUCUCGAGGCCAACAAGCGUGACAUCACGACCUCUGAGGAGAUUGCCCAGGUCGCCACCAUCUCUGCCAACGGCGACAAGCACGUCGGCAACAUCAUUGCCCAGGCCAUGGAGAAGGUCGGCAAGGAGGGUGUCAUCACCGUCAAGGAGGGCCGUACCAUUGAGGACGAGAUUGAGAUCACCGAGGGCAUGCGCUUCGACCGCGGCUUCAUCUCGCCCUACAUGAUCACCGACGCCAAGAACCAGCGUGCCGAGCUCGACCACCCGCUCGUUCUCCUCUCGGAGAAGAAGAUCUCUGCUCUUCAGGACAUCAUCCCCUCGCUCGAGAUUGCCGCCCAGGCUCGCCGCCCCCUCCUCAUCAUUGCCGAGGACGUUGACGGUGAGGCUCUCGCUGCCAUCAUCCUGAACAAGCUCCGUGGCCAGCUCCAGGUCUGCGCCGUCAAGGCCCCCGGCUUCGGUGACAACCGCAAGUCGAUCCUCGGCGACAUUGCCAUCCUCACUGGCGGAACUGUCUUCACCGACGAGCUCGACGUCAAGCUCGACAAGGCCACCCCCGACCAGCUCGGCUCGACCGGCUCGGCCACCGUCACCAAGGACGACACCAUCCUCCUCAACGGCGAGGGUGACAAGAGCAACAUCACUGGCCGCUGCGAGCAGAUCCGUGGCGUCAUUGCCGACCCCACGACGUCGGACUACGACCGCUCCAAGCUCCAGGAGCGCCUCGCCAAGCUCGGCGGUGGUGUCGCCGUCAUCAAGGUCGGUGGCCACUCCGAGGUCGAGGUCGGUGAGAAGAAGGACCGCUACGACGACGCCCUCAACGCCACCCGCGCCGCCGUCGCCGAGGGCAUCGUCCCCGGCGGUGGUACCGCUCUCCUGAAGGCUUCGGCUCAGCUCGACUCGAUCGAGGUCGACAACUUUGACCAGAAGCUCGGUGUCAGCAUCAUCCGCAACGCCAUCCGCCGCCCCGUCCGCACCAUCGUCGACAACGCCGGCGAGGAGGGCUCGGUCGUCGUCGGCCGCCUCCUCUCGGACGAGUUCGUCUCGGCCGACAAGUUCAACUGGGGCUACGACGCCGCCACCUCGCAGUACCGCGACAUGAUCAAGGCCGGUAUCCUCGACCCGCUCAAGGUCGUCCGCACCGCCCUCUCUGACGCCUCGGGUGUCGCCUCGCUCCUCACCACCUCUGAGGCCUGCGUCGUCGACGCCGAGGACAAGAGCGCCCCCGCCAUGCCCGGCAUGGGCGGCAUGGGCGGCAUGGGCAUGCCCGGCAUGAUGUAA